GCCAGGCACUGCCUCCAGCACAGCCCGCAGGACACACCAUGGGCCCAGGGGCUGCUUCGCGGCACCGCAGCGACGACGCAGGCGGCGGCCCCGGCGACUCUCAGCUGCCUCCCUGACCACCGCGACCACCGCCCGACACCCCCCCAGAGACGCCAUCGCCACCGCCGGCCGCAGACUCUCGGGGCCGCAGAGCCAUCUUCACAAUCCGCUCGAGCUACGUCAGCAAGCAUGGCGGGCGAGGGGCGGCGGGCGGAGCUGGCGCGGGAGGCGUGGGGGCUGCACGUCACGCCCAGGGCCCCUCUGCGGGAGGGACGGCCUCGGCUCGCCCCGCACAAUGGCGGCGGCGGUGACGCGCCUGCGCACGGAACGCUUCCGUCGCGCCAGGGCCGACGGGAAGUGAGGUUUUCCGAGGAGCCGCCAGAAGUGUACGGCGACUUCGCGCCCCGGGUGGGCGGAGAAAGGUCUCCGGCGGGAAGACGAGUCCCGUCAGAAGAGUUCCGGCCCGGCUCUGGGAAAGAGGAAUUGAGAGGAAGCGCCUACUACCUCCGGUCUCGGCAGCGGAGGCCGCCGCCACCCCGGGACGCCGGGGAGAUGAAGACGCGGAGGGCGACCCGCCAGCUGCAGGAGCAGCUGUCCCCGCAGCCCCCGGCACAGGCGUCUCCCAUGACGACGCGGAGAGGGCUGCGAGACUCUCAGUCCUCGGAAGAAGAUGAACCAUCUUCCCAAACUGUUUUAAGCCAAACAGACUCAAAGAAAACUGUCAGGAGAACACAAGAGAUUCCAGUGUUGAGUGAAGAUCCCGUAAUCAGCCUCUGUAGACCCCCUCUAAGAAGCCCACGAUCUGAUUCAGCAAACAAAACAAAUGGAAAUACUAAAAUGAGUGAAUUAGAAGCCACCAUUAUCCAACCAAAGGUCAAUUUCUCUGAAGAAGGAGAAACUGAAGAUGACGAUCAGGAGAGCUCUUUCAGCGAUGUCACCACUGUCAAGGUCAGAUCCGGGGAUUCUGUGGACUCUGGAGAUCACACCACCAGAUUAUCUGGUCAUCAACCAGAAUCACUUUGGCAGUCACCACAAAGUGGAGAUGUCAGAGCCCGUGACAAGCAGCCUGCAGUGCUGAGCUCGGGAUAUCAAAAAACCCCUCAGGAAUGGGGCGAACAAACCUUGAGAAUGAGGGUUGGGAUGCAAACAUCUUCACCAGGCAACAGUGCAGAAUAUGGCCGUGUUUCAGACGAUAACAGGAUUCAGAAAUCAGAGCUUGGAUUCAGAAACCAAUCCCCGGUAGCCUCCAGCCAACAAGCGAGCGGACCGGCGAGGACGCGGUGCUGGGGCCUCCUGGCUCUGCUGGCAGCCCUGGCCUGCGCGGCGCUGUGGGUCCUGCCGGCUCCUGCGCCCGAGGCCGCCGCGGUGCGGCAGUUCCAGGACCAGAUGCAGCAGCUCAGGAGCCGGUACCGGGGCCAGGACGAGGCGCUCUGGAGGAGGAGCCAGGCGCUGCUGGAGCGGCACCUCAACGCCUCCCGGCCGCGGCCACAGCCCGCCAUCCUGCUGCUUGCCGCGGCCCGCGACGCCGAGCAGGCCCUGCGCUGCCUGGGCGAGCACAUCGCCGAUGCCUACUCGGCCUUCCGCAGCGUCCGCGCCAUCCGCAUCGACGGGGCCGGCCAGGCCGCCCGCGACAGCGACGCCGUCAAGCAGGAGGUGGACCAGGAGCUGAGCGCCGGCUUCAGGAACGGCCGGAGCGCGGCUGUGGUGCACCGCUUCGAGUCGCUGCCCGCGGGCGCCACCCUCAUCUUCUACAAGUACUGUGACCACGAGAACGCGGCCUUCAAGGACGUGGCCUUAGUGCUCACCGUCCUGCUGGAGGAGGAGACGCUGGGCACCAGUCCCAGCUUAAAGGAAGUCGAAGAGAAAGUGAGGGAUUUCCUGAGAGCCAAGUUCACCAGCGCGGACACACCCAGCUCCUACAAGGACAUGGACCCAGACAAGCUGAACGGGCUCUGGAGCCGCAUCUCGCACUUGGUCCUGCCUGUGCAGCCCGAGGCUGCGCUCAGCGGGGGCGCUUGCCUGUGAGGCCUCAAAGAGGAGCAAGUCCUGCCUGAGCCCGAGAACCCGGCGGGCCUGCGGACCAGACACCAAGUGCAAAGCUCUGUGUGAAACCACUGGUUUCUUCUGAGAGGAAGUUAAGCUCUUCUGUAAACAUGGAACAUCUGAGUCAUGUAUUCGGCCUAGCUAAUGACCGGUCACUUGGGAGAGUCAUUCCCUGUAGACAGAGAGCGGGUCCGGGGUGUGCAGGUGGAAGCCAUGCGCGGCCCACGGAGCGCUCAUGCCGAGCUGCCUGGGGUGGCCCGUGGGAGGCAUGAGGCUGCCUUCAGGGAAUCUUCCUGGUCGUUUAACUUGGAUUGCUCACAGAGUUUUGUUGAAUUAUUAUUAGGAAGGCAGCUCCCUGAAUGUAAGCGAGGGUUUUCCCAUUGUGUUUCCUGUAGGGUCAUUCAGACCUGAGUUCCUUAGACUCUGCGUACAGGAACAAGUGUAAUGAAAGGUCAUCUGUGUGUGUGUGCGUGUGUGUGGAUUCUGUUUCCCCUUUGUUUUUGAAGGGUAGGGAGGAGGAGGCAAAGGGAGAGAGAAGUGCUGACCUGGGGAAGGGUGGGGGUGGAUUUUCAAGAUGAAAUGUUGUUACAAGUCGUCACUGAGGUAGGGUGGUCAGCACAGGUAUCUGAACUCCUACCUCAGCCAAUUCUGCUGGGGCUUGUUUGUUACGCAGCCUUUUCUCUCCCCCCUCCGCUCCCCGCCCCUUUAAGAAUGUCCUCGACCUUUCAAGGUUUCUCAAAGCCUGUGUAUCACAAGGCUUAAUGUAUUUGCUUAUUUGGCUCUGAAAAGUGGGUAAAUCCCGAGCAGUUUCCUUUGUACUUAUCCUGAAGCGAUUGCUUUGAAUUAAGAAAUUUAGUUUCAGGAAUUUAAACUUUCUUAACCAGCUAUUCCUGGGCUGCUGAAGACAGAUGUUAAUUUCCUGCGCCUCCUUUAAUCACACUCCGCAGCAAACAUAAAGAUGUACUAUGCACGGGACAAAUUCCGUUGAGUGCCUCAAGCCACAAACAUGGUGACCUUACCGCAGAAAAAGAAUGGUAAAAUACUUCUGUACCUCUACAGUAUUUUAGUGGUAACUUGGCUUCUGUAAGUGAGCUUUCUCAUCUGUCAGCUGCUUUGGUUUUCUUAACAUCUUUUCAGUCAGAAUCUGCCUCGUUUUGUCGUUAGCCAUAGGCCCGCGAAUGAAAAUAUUCUUUUUAGAGUAUUAGAGCUUCAUCAUUUACCCUUUCAGGGUCUCACAACUGGUAACAGAUAAUGGGCUAAGUUUUUCCACUGAGAUUACCAGUUUUUGUAAAUUGAUAUCCCUAAUUGUAGUUUGUUCCUAUCAGAAGUCAGGUCAUCUGAUUUGUUUUAUAGAGGAUUAUAAAACAAGAGUUUUUGAAAAGGCUUAUUUUAUAUAUACAUAUUAUACAGAGAAACAUGUUUUUAUUAAAUGUUUCACUAACCCAAAUAAUUUUAAAAUAAUAUGUUACUUCUAUCUUUCAGGAAAAAUAAUUGCAGUAGCUGAUCUGUAAAUGACUUUAAAAGCUAUUUUAGUAAUUUAAAUAAAUUUACUUUCUUGGUUUGUA